GUUCUGACGGUAAGGGGCUCCCUCUGGCAGAAGCUGACGUAGCUUCUUCCCGUUGCUUUACACUAUAAAGGAUCUGCAGGCUGAGAAACAGGCUAGCACCACCUAAACUCAGCUCACAUUUCAUUGCACUGUGCAGUCAGAUAGGAAGCAACCCAGCAACUUUAAACAAUGUUCCUCUCCCUCACUGGGAUUUGCUUUGUGGUGGAGUUAUGAUGAAACAUUCGAGAGUCUAUGGGAAAUUGAAAGUUUCACCAAGUGAAAAACUCAAGACCUGAGUAAGGAAAAGACGCAGCACCUGUCUCUUUUGGAACUUUUUGAGCGCAUAAUUUGGAUUUCACUGAAUUGUUACAGAAGUGUAACUGGCACUAUCAAGAAGAGCGAUUCAAGAAUAUCUUCGGCUGGAGUAAAGAUGUACCUCAGAUUGUUCUCAGCAGUGGUCUUCUAUAUUCAGUGGAGAUUCAUUUUGAUCGAAGGUUCACCUCAAGUCAAACUAACUGCACCACAACUGUCUGUAUCUGAGGAGCAGCUGGUCAUUGAAGUAAAUGGAACGUUCAUUGUUACAUGCAGGGGGCAGGCAUCCUUGAUCUGGUCUGGACCCAAUUAUCCUAAUGCUAUGAAAAACAGACUGACAGUAACCAACGACAUGUGCGAUGACAACAGGGAGUACUUUUGCAGUAACCUGAUGUUAAUGAACGCUGCUCGCAACAAUACUGGGUACUACACUUGUAAAUAUGCCAAUUCUACAGCCCGUGAAAGCCAGAUCUAUUUAUUUGUGAGAGAUCCUCAAAGUCCAUUUUUGCAGCCUUAUCUUCAGUAUCCCAAAUUCAUCAAGGUGAAUCAAAGCAGUGAGACUGUGGUGAUCCCCUGCCGAGUCACAGCACCAGACUUAAAGGUCACCCUGCUGAUGGGAGACACUGAAUUUAAAACCGAUGAAGAAAAUACCAUAUGGGAUCCUAAACAAGGUUUUAUCUUACGAGAUCCUAAACGUGCUCGACAUGGCAUGCUGGAUUGCAAGACCAUUGUUGAUAAUCAGACCUACACGUCCCACUAUAUGAUGCUCAUAGAAGUUGAAGGAGCAGAUUCUGUUCAGCUUAAUAUGAGUGCACGAAUGAAGGUGCUGGUGGGUGACGAGCUGCACAUCAGAUGUCUGGCAAAGAUGAAAUGGAAUUCCAGACCUGAGUUUCAAUGGGAUUACCCCACCAAAAUGACAAAUCGAUCUGUUUCAAUUAAUAAUAUAAGGCUACACAAUGGAAGAACAUAUGAAAGCAUCCUGACACUGAAGAACAUUCAGCUCAGUGACAAAGGAAGCUAUGUGUGCAAAGUCCGUAAUAAAAAUAUAUCAGAAAGCAAGACAAGAGUAAUUGUCAUUGAGAGCCCUUACAUUGAAGCAGAGUUCAAAAAAAGGAGUCCUUUGUGUGUAAAAGCUGAUCACAGACCCAGAAAACUACCUGUGAAAGUCAAUGCAUUCCCACUUCCAGAAGUAUCCUGGUACAAAGAUGGAAAACUCAUUGGACAGAAUCAGUCCUGUUAUGUCCAAGACCGCUAUACAUUAAAAAUAUUGUCUGUAUCAGCAAAGGAUGAAGGGAACUAUACUAUUUCAUUGAACAACAAGCGACAUAACCUGCAUAAGAACCUUACCAUCACACUACAAGUCUGUGAAAAACCACAGAUUAUUGAAAAGAAUGUGGCUUCCUCAGAUCAAAAAUUUUAUCAACUAGGGGAAAGCCACAUACUGUCCUGUACUGCCACUGGAUUUCCAGUUCUCCACUUCUACUGGCAGUGGCAGCCUUGUGAAACCGGAUCAUCCACAUGUAAGCCAAGAAGUGAUGAAAACCUUAACAUCUCCCAUACGGAGACAAGUUGGGCCAACAAAAUUACAAUUUCGCCUGAGAAGAGCAUUGUGUUGCAGAAUGAAACUAAGAUUACAAGCACCCUGACGGUGAUUGAAGGCAAAGUCUCAGGAAUUUAUUACUGUGUGGCUUCGAACGAGCUUGGCAUGGACAGAAGAAAAAUUAACUUCUAUAUUACAAAUCAGUCAGAUAUCUUGCAUCUUGAUGCAAAUGUCAAUACAUCAUGGAUACAAGGAGACGAUUUAACACUCACCUGUGAAGUCAGAAAAUACUACGAAAAGGAGGUUUCAUGGUAUUACCAGUCAUUUGAGAAUUCCUCAGAGGUUCAACUGAAUUGUUUCACCCAAAGGAUUGAAGGAACCUACUCCAUUUCACUGGUUCUCAAUAUCAGAAACGUGACAACAAGCAACAGUGGAAUUUACAAGUGCAAAGCGAUAGAUAGAGCUUGUGGGAACAAGUGCGAGAGGAGUACCAAUGUUUACAUAGAAACUAAAACUGCCCCAACUGUGCAGAAAAACUUGACAAAUAUGGAGGUCAACAGCAGCAGUACUGUGAUCCUAAACUGUGAUGUCACAGGACGGCCCUUCCCUGUCAUCACCUGGUACAAAAAUGAGAGGCAGGUUCUUCCAGCUUCAGGCAUAACUUUGGAAUCAGGAAACAAAACCUUGAUCAUCGAGAGAGUUGAACAUGAUGAUGAAGGAGAAUACAAAUGCAAGGCGACAAAUGAGAAGGGAACAGUGGAAAUCUCAGCAAACAUAUCUGUUCUAGGGUCAGAAGAAAAGUCCAACUUGGAGCUGAUAAUCUUGGUGUGCACAGGCGUGGCAGCCACACUCUUCUGGCUUUUACUCACACUUUUUAUUCGGAAACUCAAUAAGCCACGCAGCGCAGAUGUUAAAACAGGGUAUCUGUCAAUUAUAAUGGAUCCAGAUGAGGUGCCAUUAGAUGAGCAGUGUGAACACUUCCAGUAUGAUAGCUCAAAAUGGGAGUUUCCCAGAGACAGGCUCAAGCUUGGCAAAACACUGGGACUUGGUGCAUUUGGCAAAGUGGUGGAGGCAUCUGCCUUUGGGAUCGAUAAGUCAUCAACCUGUAAAACUGUGGCUGUGAAAAUGCUGAAAGAGGGGGCUACUGCCAACGAGUGUAAAGCACUUAUGUCAGAGCUGAAAAUCCUUAUCCACAUCGGCCACCAUUUAAACGUAGUGAACAUACUUGGAGCCUGUACCAAGCCUGGAGGACCUCUGAUGGUAAUUGUAGAAUAUUGCAAGUAUGGAAAUCUGUCCAACUACCUCAGGAACAAAAGGAAUGAUUUCAUUUUAAUCAAGUGUCAGAAGAAUGUCAGCCAGCCUGAGACACUCAGCGAUGAGACCAGCCCUGACAUCCUGGAGAGCACAAAGCGUAGACUGGAGAGUGUGGCGAGCACAGGAAGCUCCACGAGUUCCGGAUUUGUGGAAGAUAAGAGUUACAGUGACACAGAAGAGGAAGAGGAAGAUGGUGAAGACCUCUACAAACGGCCCUUGGCCAUGGAAGACCUGAUUUGUUACAGUUUCCAAGUGGCAAAGGGCAUGGAGUUUUUGGCUUCAAGGAAAUGCAUCCAUCGGGACCUGGCAGCACGAAAUAUCCUCUUGUCCGGAAACAACGUUGUAAAGAUCUGUGACUUUGGCCUGGCUCGUGAUAUUUACAAAGAUCCAGAUUAUCUGCGAAAGGGAGAUGCCCGGCUGCCACUCAAAUGGAUGGCCCCAGAAUCUAUAUUUGAUAAAAUCUACACAACUCAGAGUGAUGUCUGGUCUUUUGGAGUGCUGUUGUGGGAAAUAUUUUCCUUGGGUGCCUCUCCAUAUCCAGGGGUCCAGAUAGAUGAAGAAUUCUGCCACAGAUUAAAAGAAGGGACAAGAAUGAAACCUCCUGAAUAUUCCACACCAGAAGUCUAUCAGACAAUGUUAGAUUGCUGGCAUGAAGAGCCUGGAGAAAGGCCCAACUUCAGUGAGCUGGUGGAACAACUGGGAAAUCUUCUGCAGGCCAAUGUCCAGCAGGAUGGAAAGGAUUACAUCCCUUUGAACAUUACGAAGCAAACAAAUUCAAGCCUCUCCACUGCAGACCCCAACCUCACAGAAGAUAUAGCAAACCCAAAAGUUAAUUGCAAUAGCACAGGAAACAUUGGGCUCAGCUGCAACAAUCCAAAGAAGAGGCCACUGAGUGUGAAAACAUUUGAAGAUGUCCCUGUCGAUAACAAGACUACUAUAAUGCACCAGGAAGGAGAAUCUGAUAGUGGAAUGGUGCUGGCUUCUGAUGAACUGAAGCGUCUGAAGCACAUAGAAACGAGACCCUGCUCUUUUGGACUAAUUACGUUAGCAAAGAGAGCGAUCAGUAAAAGUAAGGAGUCUGUAUUGUCUGAGGCAGAUAACCAUGUCAACCCAUUGCAGCCCGAUGUGUGUAACACAGAGGAUGAAGGCUUGGAUUUUGCACUGGAAGAUUCAGUUCUGUUACCAAUGGACCAGACACUGGAAUGCCACAGCCCACCACCUGAUUACAACUCUGUCAUUCGCUAUACCACUCCACCAGUUUGAAUAAACUGGCAUUUCCAACCCCAACCAUAUUGCAACUGUAACCCCCAAGGACUGUACAACAGCACAAUUUCCUGAAAGACUGUUAACUGAAUUCAUUGUUGGUUGGACAGACCUAGAUUAAGCAACGGAUUUAAGAUCUAUCAUAACAACUAAUGUUAAGAUCGCAGUAUUCAAUCACUAAAAUAUAGACCCGCAGUGACUCGAACAGGCCCCAGACAAGAUAGCCCACACCCAACCCUAACAUAUGAUUGCAGUCUGUGAAUCACAUGCGGUAGUGAAAGCAUGUUCAAUGAUUUCAGUGAGUCACAGGAAUAUCACUUAAAAAUAGAUUCUUCCUGCAUGAAAAUCAGGGCAAGAAGCUGAAAAAUGAGUUAGUCUCUGCUCAGCAAAGGUUUUUACAGGUGCAUGUAUGAACCCCACCUUCUGUUAGCAUCUGGAAUUUUUUUGUUGCUGACUCAGCUUCCUUUUUCAAGUAAAAUUCCCAACUGGAUUUAUUACCCAAACUAUGUUAAUGUCUUCUUGCAAGAGUUGACUAACUUGUCACAUGAUAAUGCUAGCAGCUGUCAAUGAACUAAUGAACACUAAAAGAGGUAUGCAAAAUCAAUGGACUGCAAUGUUGCAUCAAUGAUCACAAGGUGCUUGAAAAACUGGCUGUGAGUUCAGAUCUAAGUCCCUACAUCCCUCAACCAGUUGAAAAUGAACUCGCCCUCCAAAUGAAGUACAUCUCACAUCCAAUAGGGAGUCCUGGUUUCUUCGGUUUGAUUUAUGCCUCAACAAAUCGUGCACAAUGAAUGCAUUGUCUAUGAUUUUUAAAAUAGAGCUAGGUAACUGAGAGAGCCAAACUACAAUAAAGGAAAAUAUAUAGAGGUCAUUUGAGAGGAAACAUGGAAGAAAAAAGGGUCAAUUAAAACAGGUAAAAAAGAACAUAUUGAACAUAUAAAAGAACAUAUAACUCCUUUCAACACUUGCCCCUCCGCACCAUCCCCACUACCUGUGCAAAAUGCAAUAUAUCCCCAAUAAGAUUUGCUCUAAUCUCUUGAUUAUGACCUGUGUAAUAUUUCCACUUGUUCAUUCCCUAAUCCCAAACACGUUAAUAUGAAUUGAGUUGUUCCCGCCAUCAUAGUGUGGGCAUAUAGUGUUUAAUCAUGUUGAGCAAAGUACUUACGUUGUGUAUUUGGAGAAAACACUGAGCUCUCAAAGUGAGAACAAGAGUGCCAAGUGUUUCAGAGGCAAAAAAAUUGUCCUUGAAUUUAGUUCUCCUCAAAAGAUCAAGCGAUCCCAGGAGUGAGAUCAUUCCCUUCUUCCAUUUCCGCUCUCUCCAGGGAUCAGGAAAGCAACUAUAAAGUAUUCAAGAUGGUUAAGUGUCAAUGUGUUUUGUACAUUUCUAGUGACACUAAAGAAAGCUAUUGGCCUAUUGGGUGUAUGCCUGCUCCCAGAGGAGAAAUCCCAUCAGUCCCACACCUACUUGCCUUAUUUCCCUGUAACCAAGCAAAUUUUCUCUGCCUACAAUCUCAUUAACUCUCCUUUGAUUUUCAUGCAGGAAACCAUGAAUCAAUUUAUAGUUACUAUUUUUAACCGUUUUAACAAAUAUUAAAUAAGUAUAAAAACAAAUAGAAUCUGAAUAAUUAUAAAUUAAUCUAUUGAUAUAUUUUUAAAUUUUAAAAUCCCUUUGCUUAGAAAUUCAUCCCUGGUUAACCAGAUACCAUGGCUCUAAUAUGCCUCUGCCACUGAAAGUCUCUCCUAAUGGAAAUGCUACAGCCACUGAGCAUACUAUUAACUGCAGAUGAAUAUUUAGGCAUAUAUAUUGCAAUACUAAAUAUAAGUAAAUUACAAUAUCAGUUUUUUUAGGUCUACAUACUUUAUUAAGUAGUAAUUAAUGGCUUACAUUAAAAAAUCAUUUGAACCUAGGGCAGCUAAGUAAGAUUUUCAGGAUAUUUUAUUGCGGGACUAGUUCAAAGGUGGUUUAUAACCUCAUCAUUUUAAGUGAUUUCAGGUAAUGAACGGAGAGGAAUUACAAAAUAGGACAGUUAGUGAAGACAUGUUCAGUUAUUAACAGUAAUGCCAGUAUUUCUGUAUUGGGCUGCUAAUGCGCAAAGAUCUUAAAGCUCUUGUCAAUUUCACCAUGUAACAAUGAUAGUUUUACUGUCAAUGUUUCUACAAAAUUCAACCAACAUAUUUAAGAAUUAACAUGUGCAGGGAUACAUGAAACCAUGAGUACUUUAGAACAGAAGGAAUUAAUUCAAUCAGCAAUGAUACAAGGGAGUAUUUUACAUUUUGUAUUUUCUAAGGAAUGUCAAAGAAUUUGAGUAGUACCCUCAUUUAUGACAAGGUUAUUAUUGGACAUUAACAAUUAAAUUAUGGAGCUAAACAUUUCUUCCCCUCAUUACUUAUUUCUCCAUCUUCAAAUAGUUGUGAUAAUUAGCAAAGAAAUAAAACUGACCUGAGUCUUAGUACAGAUGCUAGUGGGAGCGAGAAACAGACAGCAACUUAAUUUAAAAUCAUCUAACUUACCAUUUACAAAGUAUUUUUAAAUUUGACAUGUUUUGUCUAACUGAUUGAUCUUAUUCCUUUCUUAUGUUCUACAAAUAUAAGUAUUUAUUUAAAAGCAAUCUUACUAAUUUAACUACACCUAACAUUAUUAAUACAAUUCAAAUUGUCAAUUUUACAAUAACAUCCAAUGAAAAUAUCAAAAAAAACUAUUAAAUUAGUUAUUAAUACAGAAACAUAUUCAAUAUUAAUAAAUAGAUCAUAUAUUCUAAAGCAUUUAUAAUCCCAAGCUUAUCAAUCUGGCAGCUACAAUUUUUAGAUCUUUUCACUACAUUAUGUACUCAGUCUAAACAGAACUUUUAUAGCUGUAAUAUUUCUAUGACUCUUAGAUCAAUGUUUAGAGCAAGUGAGGUCUCAGGUAAUCAAUGGCUGCGAUAUUCCUUUUUCUAAACCUUACACUGUAGCAAAUAACAGGUAACUAUCCAAACCAUUCCAAGUAUAUUAGGGAUUCCCAGUAAUUAUAGAUGACAUUUUUCUAAAUUAAAAGGGAAAAAAAAGAUGUUACAGCCUUAAAAUCAGGGAACAUUUGCUUACUGUGAAUAUAUUGUUUCUUAAAGGAGCCCUGGAAUUGGAGACUUUUCAUUCAUGUUUGGAGAAAAUACUAAAACAAUAUUAUAAUUCACCAUAGCUUCCAAGAUGCUGGAAAGCCCAUAAAUACAACAUGAUCAGUUAAAAUAAGUCAGGUUCCAAUAGGUCUACUACAAAUACUAUAAAUAAAAUAUACUCAGUAUUGCUUUGUGAUGUUAUAAGUUUAGAUUUCUCUAUAUUUUGUGUAGAAAGGUAAAUGGAACAAAUGUACAGCAGGAGGCCAUUCAGCCUCUUUUUGCCUAUUCACUCAUUUAAGUAGCUGAUGUGGAUUCACACUUCCGCUCAUUCUGCCUGAUUUGGCUCUGAAAGACACCACAGCCUUCCCCAAAAACAAACAUAUUCACUUUAACUUCCUCUCUUUUCUACUUUGUGGAGAUUUUGAUCCAUUUAAAAUAAAUGGAUUAAUCACUGGUGGUGCUGUUGGUUGCUACUGUUAAAACAGAAAACUAUUGUCACACAGCAUGCUGUUGAAUUGUAACUUCCAAGAAAUGGGAGUCAAAAGACUACUAUGAAAAGAAGUUGUACGAUAGAUGUGAAAUAAUCAGAUUGGGGGUGUGGAAUAGAGUGAGCUUGAUGGGGCAAAGUGUGAUCUAUUUGGCUGCCAACUUUUUAUUCUUAAUUAUAAUUACUGUUUUAAAAAAAAGUUUUAAAAAUCAAUAUUACAUUAAAAUAUGUCAGGGAGCGGGCUUCAUGCAGUAAUUUGAAUGUGCAAUAAUGAUGUUCGUUAUCAUAGGAGUGUUAAUAUCUGGAGUUAUGAUAUCACCAGGACAGCUCAUGACCAUUUGUUAUUCUGUUUAUUCAAUUUUACUUACUAGUAGUUUGUAAUUAUGUACAACUAACUGAAAAGUUGUUUAUUUUGCAUAAAGUAACUAACAAUGGGGUAACAUUUGAGGAAUUAGUAAGAUUUAAGUGGUGAAUAUAGCUUUGAGGUAUGAUAAAUGAUAUUUUUUUUCUUCCGUGCAAUUUUAAUUAUUGUUAUUUUAACCAGCAAAACACCACUAACAAGUUUGCAGAUCAUAAAUUUCCUUGCUAUACAUGCCACAAACCUUGAGCUAAGUUUCUAACAUUUUCUUUGCUUGAUAUGCCUGAAGAGAUUUCAUAGAAUGAUGUUUUUACCUUUAAUGUGAAGAAGGUAAUGUUACAAGUCUAGUUAGCAAGCAUGGAGAUUUAUGCUGUUAAAGUCAAUUAUUUCCAGUGACCUGAAGCUCACACAGAUAGAGAAUGAAGGGUCUUGGUUAGAGUGAGGCAAAUUCAUAUGAUAUUUCCAGUUGUUUUCAUGAUGGAUACUGUACAUCUGAGCAUGAGACAAUUCCCUUCCCUAGCCCUCAUUCACAUAGUAAAUUCAAGCAUAUCACUGGCCACUAGAGUUGUCAAAACCAGCAGAAAAUGGAAGAUAACUGCAAAUUUCAAUAAUAUUAAUUGUAUUUCUAAUUCCUAAAAAAUCCUAAAUAUGAAUAUGAUAAUUUUAUUCCUGUUCAUUUCUCCAACACUAAUUUUGCUCUAUGUUGCUAAUUCUAACGGGCAGCUCUUGACCUUUUACAGGUGUGGGUGAGGUGCUUACUCUCAUGGUCAUUUUCUUGUCAUUCACCCACAUGUAGCUGACAAGCAGCAGGCAAGUUUUGUAAGGUAUAAGAAGGAGACAGCAGGGACAAAACUAGAAAAUUCCUGCUGAAUUAUACACUAAUGUUAUAUUAUUGGGAGAGAAAUUCAUCUUCAGUGUCUGAUUUUAAAUGGGUACAAGUUGUCUGCCAAGGUGCCAAGGGAACAUCAGGAGGGAUAUUCAGUUGAUAGCCUGUGUUUAUGCUACUGUUGGUAACCAAAGACAAAAUAUCUACCCUAUUGUUCCCAAUUGACUUAAGAUUGUCUUAUUACUAAGUUGCAUCAAGCUGGUUGUGGGAGUAUUCUCCUCUAACCUCCGAGAUGAUAGUUAAUAGGUGUAGUUAUGAGGUUACUUGAGAGCAUUUUAGUUUACCAAGAGUCAGCUGAGAUAUUUUGCAGGGAGGGUUUCACGUUUAACUUAUGAUUUUCAAACCAUAAGUCAACCUCAGCAUAUUUGUAAAUGUGGCUCACAACAUAGUUCAAAUAAUGCAAAACAUUUAAACAGUCACUUGGUUUGUGGGAGUUUCUAUCUGCCUGCUGUUAGAUCUGUGAGAAUAGAAAUUAACGUUUGGUCACUAUUUCUAUACUAUCGGCUGUAAUCCCCUCUGUAAUUCUCAGGAGUGGUAGGGUGACAAAGAUUAAUCUUUUAGUAUUGACCAAAGGUGAAUUUCAAACCCUUGAAUUUCAACCACCAUUUGAAUCACCCUUGAAUUUCACCUCAUUUUAAAAUGGAAUAAGGUGUCAGAAAUGCCAGUCUGUUACUUAGUUUCAUUUCUUGCAAUCUAAUGACUUUUUUUGAACUAACAUUAUAUUUUCAAAGAAAACUAAUGUUCCAAUAAUAAAUGGGAAUGUUUUGUGUAACAAUUUUCAGGGGACUAUUGUAGUCAUCACGUAAAACUGCUCACUUUCUACAUACUUUACUGACAGUUCAAAAAGGGACAUGUAAGCCAUCCAUGUAGAAUCACCUCCCUUCUAAUGCUCAAUCUAUACAUUAUUAAUUCUCAAACCCAUAAAUCAAAGUUCUUUUCUAAGCUUUGAUUUAUCUUUGCUUUUAAACUGAAAUGUGAUGUAGUGUAAAGGGUUUGCUUCUGAAUCCUUUACAAAUGCUUUCAGGACAGGCUAAUCCUUUGUAUUAAAGAUUGAUAUCUAUUCAUGUCAAGGCAACUUCCUUCUCGAAGAACCACUUGUUUUAAAGUGCCAUACACCUCAUUUUAAAUUUAUUUUCUUAAGAAUCGGCAAUGAAUUGUCAUUUACUUGCGGGGGAGAAAAAGAGGAUUGUCAUUGUAUUAUCUGUGUAAGAUUGUAUGCACUGGAGGACCUUUGUAUUUCAUAUAUAACCUAAGCUCCACUAGAGCUAUUAACAAAACAUAUAUAAGUUUACAUAUAUUUAUAGCAUUUAUUUGUUCAGUGUUUCUGUCUUUUAAAUUCAGAAUAAAUAUUGCUAAGUGACUUAGCAAGUAAAUGUA